AUCAGACAGCACGUUUCGGCGGUCACGUGAUCCUUCAACAUGGCUUCUUACCAUCAGUACUGAAUGCAUGUAUGAAUUGUUGUGAAGAAAUACAAUGAUUAACUUCAUUUAAUGCACUCUCUUGCGCUACCUGACGCACCUGAGACAUGAUGAAGCUUCGAGUCCAGCUGCAGUGCAAAAACUUGCAUGAGUAUCUAAAGGAAUUGAGUCCAGAGAUCCUCGACAAGCUCUACAAUCACCCAGCAACAUGCCUGGCAGUCUACAGGGAACUUCCAUCAUUGGCAAAGAAUUAUGUGAUGCGGAUGCUGUUUUUAGACCAUCCACUUCCACAAGCUGCAGUCGCGCUGUGGGUUAAAAAAGACAGCCAAAAGGACCACGAUAAGUGCGUGUCAGUGUUAAUUGGGCUACGGCUCUGGCACAGUCAGCACCUUCAAGGUGGACUCCAAGGAUUUGUGCUGAACCCAGUGUUUAAAGACAACCUGAGAGUAGCACUUCUAGGCGGGGGUAAACCGUGGACAGAUGAGGGCAGUAACCUGGGCCCCGAUCGUCACGCGAGGGAUGUAGAGAGUCUGGACCGCUAUGCCAUGGAGCGCUGGGAGGUCAUCCUUCACUUCAUGGUGGGCUCUCCCAGCGCAGCCGUCAGCCAGGAUCUGGCCCAACUUCUCACACAGGCCGGGCUCAUGAAGAGCGAGGCUGGCGAGGCUCCUUGUAUCACCUCAGCAGGGUUUCAGUUCCUGCUGCUGGACACAGCAUCUCAGCUGUGGUACUUCACUCUGCAGUACCUCAAAACAGCGCAGUCGAGAGGAAUGGACCUGGUGGAGAUUCUUUCCUUUUUGUUCCAGCUGAGUUUUUCCACUCUUGGUAGGGAUUAUUCUGUGGAGGGCAUGAGUGAGUCUCUGCUCACAUUUUUGCAGCAUUUACGAGAGUUCGGUCUGGUUUUCCAAAGAAAGAGGAAGUCAAGGAGGUACUACCCUACCAGGUUGGCCAUAACUCUAGCUGCAGGGGUCACAGUAAACACUGCCACUGGAUCUGCUUCGACUGCACUCGGAGCCACAGCAGGAACAGGAGACACAGGCUUCAUCGUUGUAGAAACAAAUUACCGUGUAUAUGCCUACACAAACUCUGAGCUCCAGAUUGCACUAGUAGCUCUAUUUAGCGAGAUGCUUUAUCGGUUUCCUAACCUGGUGGUUGCACAAGUAACCAGAGAGUCAGUGCAGCAGGCCAUCGCUAACGGCAUUACAGCACAGCAGAUCAUUCACUUCUUAAGUACCCGAGCUCACCCAGUAAUGCUUAAACAGAGCCCCAUCCUUCCCCCAACCAUCACGGAUCAGAUCAGACUGUGGGAGCUCGAGAAAGAUCGCUUACAGUUCACAGAGGGAGUCUUAUACAACCAGUUUUUAUCCCAGGCUGAUUUUGAAGUCUUGCGGGACAGGGCUCAGGGUUUAGGUGUGCUGGUUUGGCAGAACCCCGCUCACAGGGUCAUGGUGGUGUCGCCACAUGGACACAGCGAGGUUAAGAGAUUCUGGAAGAGACAAAAGAGCCAUACAUAGAGGAAAAAAGAAGAACAGAAGAACAGCCCUGAAAGAUGCAUCUUUCACUUAUAAAUUUUACAAAAAUUAUAGCUUAUAGAUGGACAUGAGACAUUAACUAUAAUGAGCACUAUUUUUGUGUGUUUCAUUGCAAGUUCAUCUGUACAGGAAAAAAACGAUAUGUUUCUAUACAUAGUUCAAAGCCGUUAGCUGUUUAUGCAUUAUUAUUAUUCCCUUAUUGACUUAAUUUUGCUUUUGUAAUGUCUGUCUUUGCUUCAUGUUUGUGUCUGAGGUAAACUGACUAAAAUAAAUACUGUUUACACUGA